UCCCCCCCCAAACAAAAUGAACAAAGAAAUUGCAGAAUACGAUUUGGGGGCAAGCUCAAAUGUAGAAAUAAAAAAAAAAGCGAAUGAUCAUAAGAGCCCGUUUGAAAAGGUAAAGCCAUUUGCCGUGGGGGGGGCGAGUGGGAUGUUCGCAACAUUCUGUGUGCAGCCACUGGACAUGAUCAAGGUGCGGAUUCAGUUGAAUGCUGAAGGGACAAGCGCUGUUAAGAACCCAUUUAUAGUAGCCAAAAAUAUCAUAGCAAAUGAAGGCGUGCUGUCUCUAUAUAAAGGGUUAGAUGCGGGGCUCACUCGGCAAAUUGUAUACACAACGGGAAGGCUAGGAUUAUUUAGGACCUUCUCAGACAUGGUAAAGAAAGAAGGGGAGCCUUUGCCAUUUUACAAAAAAUGUUUUUGUGCUCUGGCUGCUGGAGGAUUGGGUGCCUUCAUGGGAAACCCAGCAGAUCUGUCCCUAAUUAGACUACAAGCUGAUAAUACCUUGCCCAAAGAAUUGAAGAGAAAUUACACAGGCGUGUUCAAUGCUGUGUAUAGGAUUUCAAAGGAGGAGGGAGUGCUGGCCUUAUGGAAAGGAUCCGUGCCAACCAUUGCACGAGCUAUGUCUCUAAAUUUGGGUAUGCUCUCUACAUAUGAUCAGUCCAAGGAGUAUUUAGAAAAAUAUCUAGGGGUAGGAAUGAAAACUAAUCUCGUUGCUAGUGUGAUUAGCGGCUUUUUUGCAGUCACUCUGAGUUUACCCUUCGAUUUUGUCAAAACGUGCAUGCAGAAAAUGAAAGUCGAUCCUGUGACGAAGAAAAUGCCCUACAAAAAUAUGCUGGACUGCUCUCUUCAGUUAUAUAAGAAGGGGGGCAUAUCUAUUUUCUACGCAAGCUACGCAACCUACUAUGUGCGUAUUGCCCCCCAUGCUAUGAUCACCCUGAUCACUAUGGAUUACCUGAACAAUUUUUUGAAGAAGUUCGCCUAG